CAGUACUUUCAAGAUGGCGGCGAGCAGGAGGCUGGCCAAGGAACUUGAAGAGAUUCGCAGGUCUGGAAUGAAAAACUUCAGAAACAUUCAAGUUGAGGAAUCAAACCUAUUGUCAUGGCAAGGACUCAUUGUUCCUGACAACCCUCCUUAUGACAAAGGUGCGUUCAGGAUCGAAAUCAUUUUCCCCACUGAGUACCCAUUCAAGCCUCCCAAGAUCACAUUCAAGACAAAGAUCUAUCACCCCAACAUUGAUGAGAAGGGCCAAGUGUGCUUGCCUGUGAUCAGUGCAGAGAACUGGAAGCCUGCCACCAAAACUGACCAAGUAAUUCAGUCCCUCAUUGCCCUGGUGAAUGACCCCCAGCCGGAGCAUCCCCUGAGAGCAGACCUAGCUGAAGAAUACUCAAAGGACCGUAAAAAAUUCUUGAAGAACGCAGAAGAGUUUACAAAGAAACACGGUGAAAAGCGGCCAAUGGACUGAUGACCUGACGAGCGUGUAGCCCUCUCUCUGUCUCUUUCUCCCCCUCUCUCCUAUCUCACCUGCCCGACCAAAUACUGAUCUUCCUCCCCUGCUCUCCCCUUUACCUCACCACCUUCCUUGCUCACUCUCCUCCCUCUUCCACCCCCACACCGGUCCUCCUUGCAGCCCAGGAGCCGCCCAACUGAAGCCAGGCAUCGGCAUCGGCAGCUUCAGCCUCCCUCCCAAUCUGGGACUCUCUGUGGAUCAGAUAGCUUCCUCCCCCUCCUCUUCCUCCUCCUCCUCCCUCACCAUAAAUCUCCAGACCAUUACUAGCUUUCUACUCUUAAAGUAAAAAAUGGAAGAAGAAAAAAAAAGCAAAUUUAAGGAAACAUGAUGUUCAGAUGAAAAGUUGGAUGAAAUACUCAGAGUAAUGUGUUAAUUUUCUGUUGGCUUUUCCUCUAUAUAAAUAAUUGUGUUAAAUAGAUAUCACUUAGACAUGGUUUUUCUGAAGUAUUUUAUUUUUUGCAAAGCAGGAAAACUGGUGAGUAACUAUUUUUCUUUUGCCCCAUCAGUACUCUUUUAAGCUAAACAAACAAACCUGAGAAAAGGCAGAGAAGGACCUAGAGGUGUAUGCAGACUCAAAUGUUUCCCUUACUGACCUCCACAGCUUCUAGACUUGCACUCUGUGGAACAAUCUCUCACACAUCAUCUUCCCCACAGUUUGUAACCCACUGAGCAACAAUGGCAGGCCAUAUAUGAAUUGAAUUGUUAUUGUUGAAAAUGCUACUGAAGGUUCUCCUGUGAUAGUAAAAAGAACAUGUACCCUUUUAGACCAUUGAAACAGCACUAUGCUCAUAGUUUCUCAGAUGUACUUGAGUUUUCAACACGGAUCAGUUGUGCCCAGUUUCAGUCCACAGUGUUAAAACUGUUUUCUGCAUGACAAGUGACUAUUGUGAUGUUCUUUUAAUUAUUGACAAUUGUUUUCUUUUGCUACUUUUAAGCAUUUUUAUUGGCACAAAAAUUGGCAAAGUGGGAAGAUCAUGUUUGGUUAAUUUCAAUCUUCUACACACAUCUUCUCUACCACAAUUGGGCACCACAGUAUAACCAUCUAUCAUAUUAGACAGACAUAUUCCAACAGCAGACCUACUGUCGGCUGCCCAGCUGAAAGGGACCUAAAUUGUCGGGAGGGGGGAAGGAGAAGCUGGAGAAGGAUGCACUCACCUGGAAUGAAGCUCAGCUCCUGGAGGCAGUCCGAAAAACAAGCACCUUGAAGGCAGCUGGGAGAGGGCUGGCUGUCUGGGGAUGUGUCAGGACAUAGAAAGGGACUGGAGUGGCCAAAAAACCACCAUGUAACAGCUGUUUGAUCUGGUCCCCAAUAUUUGUUUCAUAAUAAAGAUGGCUAACCAUUUAGCCUCACUCUC